AUGAGUCAAGCUCCUCAAGUCUACGCCUUUGUUUCUUUCCGAACCAAAAUCUACGGUUUUCGCAGCUUUAAUGCUCGAGAAAUUCAUAUAACGAAUCUGGCCAAGCACGAUCAACACCAAACAAAGAUAAAAAAAAAAAAAAAGAAGAAGAUGAUCUCGUUUGUGAAAUUCGGAGAUCCCGUCUUCUUCUCUUUCUUUCUCAGCUUCUUCCUCGCACUCUACUUAUGUGCUCUGUUCUCAAACGGUGAAACAGACACGCUUACAUCAGGCGAAGAGAUGAAAGACGGGUACCACUUGGAUUCAAGGUUUGGAGUUUUCAGGCUCGGCUUCUUCACCGCUCAAGAUGACAAUCGUUACCUCGGAAUCUGGUACAACAUUCCCGACGACCAACGAUACCGCCGUCAAAGUUACCUGCCUUACUACUACAGCUCCGUCAAAUCCGAGCCUUCUCCCGUCUGGGUCGGCAACACGAAUUCCGGCAUCCGGGGCAAAACAGGGGCUCUCGUCAUAGCAAGCGACGGGAACUUGAAGAUCGUGAAUGGCAGCAGUGGCCAAAUUGCUGCCGUGAACCCCCCUGUCCAAGGAGUUUCAGGUAAAACAAGUGCCAUUUUGCUAGAUUCCGGCAAUUUUAUCCUCCGGGAGCUGAAUCCAGACGGGUCGGUGAAGCGGGAGCUGUGGCAGAGCUUCGAUUAUCCAACGGAUACCCUUCUCCCGGGGAUGAAAUUGGGAGCCAAUUCCCAAACUGGGCAUGUCUGGUCUCUGAAACCAUGGCUCGGGCAGACCGAUUUCACUUUCAGGUUGGACCAAAACGGGACGACCAAGAACCAAUUGUUGAUAUUAUUCAAAGGGCGGGUGUAUUGGAGAAGUGGGAAGUGGUUGGAUCAGAUUUUUCCGGGUUUCAGUUUCAGGAAUGUGUCGAAUAACAACAACGAUGGAGAAGAGCGGUAUGUGGUGGUUUACAGUGUACAAGGAGGAGAAGGAGAAGACAAUGAUGUUGCCUAUCCAAGGAUCACCAUGACUAGCGAUGGCAGUCUUAUUGGUCAGGGUGCAACCAGAUUAGUGGGCUGCGACUUGGAAUCCCCAGGCGCUGAAUGUUCCGGUGAUGCUGAAAUGCCCACUUGCGGUAUUCCUUUAUAUCCGAACGACAGGAGUCUGAUAGCACAAGGCUACCAAGACUUGCCGCCUGGUAGCCAUGUGAGAGCGGGCCAAUGUCGUCUGAAUUGCUCCCGAAACUGCACUUGCUUAGCUUAUCCGAGACAGAGUCGUGACGGGUCUGGGUGCCAGAUGGGAAUCAAAUUGGCGUACUCACCUUACUCACCCACAGGAGUUGUUCCGUUAGCACUCUUUCUUCUCUUGUUCUUGUCGUACCUUGGCUGGAAAUGGAGAAGACAAUUGGGAGCAAUCGUAAUCCAUUUAACGAGGAGUGUCCGUGAAUAUUGGAAGCGUUGUGGGUCUUUCUUCGCAAUGUGGAAGGAAUACUAUGUCCUGCUUCGGCUAACUAAGGCCAUCGCAGAUGCGGAGCAAGAGAUAUUGUUGCAGGAGUUAGGGAUGGCAGCUGAGGCAAAAGCCGAUCUCGAUAGCCAAGAAAACGGCAACAACAAUGAUUUCCAGCUAUUCAGUUUCGAGCACAUAGUUUCUGCUACAGGCAACUUCCACGCCGAUAAUAAGCUCGGACAGGGUGGUUUUGGACCUGUGUAUAAGGGGAAGCUACCAAGUGGGCUAGAAGUAGCGAUAAAGAGACUGUCAACGAGCUCGAGGCAGGGGCUAGUUGAGUUCAAGAACGAAGUAAGGUUCAUUGCUAAACUGCAGCACGACAAUCUGGUCAGGCUAGUAGGUUGCUGCAUCGAGAAUCGAGAGAAGAUCCUCGUCUAUGAAUAUCUGCCCAACAAAAGCCUUGAUUUCUCGCUCUUUGCUCCUACUGACGACAAUGUCCUGGAUUGGAAGAAAAGGUUCAACAUUAUCCAAGGGAUAGCCCAAGGACUUCUAUACCUCCACAAAUAUUCGAGGUUGAAGAUCGUCCACAGAGAUCUGAAGGCCAGCAAUAUCUUGCUCGACGGUGAGAUGAACCCCAAGAUAUCGGAUUUCGGUGGGUACAUGUCUCCCGAGUAUGCUAUGGAGGGAGUUUUCUCGACAAAGUCGGACGUGUUCAGCUUUGGAGUUCUGCUGCUUGAAAUUGUGAGCGGCAAGAGGAACAAUCACUUCCGUGGUGAUCGUGAAGGCCCUAGCAGUCUCUUGGCAUGGGCUUGGGAGCUAUGGAGAGAAGGAAGAGGAACAGAGCUAGUGGAUCCAGCCAUAGGGAUAGACAACAUCAACAACAAUAGCGUCUGCCAGAAUGAAGCAGUGAAGUGCAUUCAGAUAGGUCUGUUAUGCGUGCAGGAGAAUCCAAGGGAUAGACCUUCAAUGGUGAAAGUCGCCUCCAUGAUCUACAACAAUGAUUCAGUCCAAUUACCGUCUCCCAAUCGUCCAGCAUUUUAUUACAGGAUGAGCAGCUUGCAGGAGGUCGCGGAGAUUAUUGAAGAGCAGGAGGAGAUUUGGACACCGAACCAGGUUACCAUCACGGAAAUGAAUGGCAGGUAAUCAUCCAAUCGCCUCUGCGACGGGUUAUCGAAAAUAAAUCGAUAAGUUAAUGUUAAAAAGUAUAUUGGUGUACUUAG